UUUGUGUGAGUGGGUGUGUUGCUCUCUGCUGGGUGUGUGUUUGUGUGUGCGCGCCAGGGUGCGUGUGUGUGUGGGUUGUUUUUUUUUCUAGAGAUGCCGAGGAAGAAGAACUUCAGGAUUUCGCAGGCAGCGAGGAGGAGUGCUGCGGACAGACGGACCCUUGACGUUUCUCCUCAGGUUCCCAUGGACCGCUGUGCACCGCAUGGCACUGGGCACCGGCACAAGGUGAGGAGGUGGGAGGUGUCGGUGCUCACCGGGCGGCAGCACAAGUUGGUUCUUCCGCCGGAGUCCCACGGCAAAAAGGUGGUUUUUGCUAUUGGUGACUCCCAUCUUCGAAGCCUUGCAGAUGGCAUCGUGCGGUUGCCUGAGGGUCGUCUGGCGUGGGGGUUCAUGUCAACGCCGGGGGCAAGCGCCACCGAGUUGAGAACUGAGGUGCUUCAUGCUGAGGUGCCUCAGGAUCCCGACUUGGUGUGCGUCUUGGCUCCGAGCAAUGACUUGACCGCCAAGCACACCAUCGGUCGUGCGGCUGCAGACUUCGAGCGGUACCUAGCCACCGUCUGCAGUCGCUGGCCGAAGGUGUGUGUGCUGGACUUUCCUCCGAGGUUGACCGUUGAGGACUCCCUGCAAGAGCUCUACCGCCAGGAGUUCCACCGUGUGGCAGCCCGCAUGGCUGUGAAGUACUUCCACAUCGCGGACCACUUCCCCCGGCAGUGUCUCAACCUGUGGAGUCGCGAUGGUGUCCACCUGAGUGAUGACGUCGGCAUGGAGAUCUUCGCCCAGCUGCUGUGGACGGUUGCUUACACGCAACUGGAGACCGUGCCGCCAGCCCCGCCGGUGUCUCGUCCAUCCCCACCUUCUCGCUUCACUCCCCGUGUGGUUGUGAAGGGAGAGGUGAGGGUGCGUCGCAGCCCUGGGCCCGAGGAGUGGACUGUCGUUGGUCCGAGCGGCAAGUCCUCUGGAGGAUGCAGUGCAGUUCAGCGGGAGCCGGCUGGCAUCCCCCUGAAUCCUGUGCUGUUCAGCAGUGAGAUGUUGGAGGAGAUGGAGAAGGUUUCUCCAUCAAAUCUGACAUCUCCUGCUGACUUCGCUGGUGUUUCACCGCCAAAGACGCUGCGUGUGAAACACCACUCCAAGAGGACUCGAAGGGCCGCAUCCAGCCGAGGGAUUUCUUCUGACUCCAAGGCCGCUCUGGAGUCGAAGAAGGUCGGGGCAACGUCCAGGCAUCCGGUCCCUUCUGGCCGCACUGACGAGACGACGGUUGAGACAACACAGAGCCCGGGUGUGUUGUCUUCUACUGAUGAAGAUGAGGCAACUACUGCGAAGGUAAGUGAGGUGAGUAUGGGUAAUGUUGAUGUUGUUAGGGGUUCAGUUCACCAGGGGCACAGUCGGUUUAGGAAUCCGGGAGUUCAGUGUAUGGCGAUAGGGUUGGUUAGUUUGGCCAGACAUAUGGUGUCUAGUGUGUUCAAUUGGAAGACAGAAGAUUUAGAUUUAGCUCUGUGGUUAGGAGAUCAGCUCUAUACGCAUCUGAAGGACCAUGGUCUAAUUCCUCCAGGAGAAGACUUUUUGAUGAUCCCAGAGUUGCCGAAAGAGCACGUUUUAUACUGGCAGAACUUUAAGUUUUCGUUCCCUGAGACUGUCAGUGGUGAUGUCACUGUGACUGAAGGAGAGUUCAUUGAGUGUGGAGCAUUUGUGACUCUAGAACAUGGGCUGGAAAGGAUGUUAUCUCAGUACCAGACAUGUCUUUUGACCUUGUGUUCAAAUACAUGUGCUGUAAUUUCUGCUAGUGGUAGGUUUGCUGUUGUUGAUUCUCAUUCACGCAGUGCUACUGGCAUGGUGGAUGUUAAUGGUACCAGUGUAGUGUUGUACUUUGGUUCCAUUAGGGAAGUGUUUGAUCACUUUAGUUGUUUGGCAGCGAUGUUUGGUGGUGAAAGCAAGCCUUUUGAAAUAAAUGGUGUUGAUGUGAGUAGGGAGUGUGAAUCUGAUGAUGGCAAUAAGCAACGUGUAAAACGUCAGCUGUCAGCAGAUUGUGAUGAAGUUGGCCUUUCCAGCCCAUCUAAACAUACGCCAAAGAAAGGCCGUAUUAAUGUUUCGAUGGUUGUUUCAGAUGAAGAGUUUGCUGUUGAGGAACAGGUUUUGGUAAGUCGGCAGGUUAGUUCAGAUGUGGAAGUGGUCAGUGAAGGACAUGAAAAGCUUAUGUUUAACCCUCUCUGUGAAAAUACUUGUCAAAGAUUGUGUACCAAAUUAAAUAUAGAGUGUGAAAGUGUAAAUAGCGCUGCGUCUAGUCGUGUCGGCGAAUUAGGCGUUCCGUGCCAAAAUAGAGACAUAGUUGCUGAUGGUAGCUGCUAUUUUAGGGCCGUUUCUCAGGCAGUGAGUGGCACACAAAAGCAUCACAUUAAAAUUAGGAGAGCGGUUGUUAAAUAUUUAAUGAAAAAUGAUUUGAAAUAUAAAAGUAGUUUGAGAGAAGGUUAUUCCUCUGUGGCAGAUUACGUAGACAAAUCAAAAAUGCGUUAUGUUAGCAGCUGGGCGACAGAAUUAGAAAUACAAGCCACAGCAGAUUUGUUGGGUAUUAAUGUCUUUACAUUUAUUGGUGGUCGUUGGCUAAAGUAUGGAUGCAGCAGCAGUUGUGUGUCAGAAAAAUCAAUUUAUUUAGAAAACUGCCUUGGUAAUCAUUAUGAAACUGUAGUUUGCGUUAAAGAACCCAAACUAGAAACUUGUUAUGGAUACUGUAAAGUAAAUCUUUCAGAAGCGUGUCGUACUAGAUUGUCAGGCAAAGAUUUAAUUAGAGAUGCUUCAUCUGAAAGUGACACGUCAGUUUGCAAAAAGGACAUAGAGCGCGGUGUAUAUAUUUCUAAAUAUAAUAAAGUAAUGAGAAGAACCCAAAUUAGGAAUAUGAAUAAAAUAAAGUAUGCACUAGAUGCGCGUCACCGUGAAAAUGUGAAAGACCGAAAAAAAAUAAGAUAUGCCCUAGAUGCGCGUCACCGUGAAAAUGUGAAAGACCGAAAAAAAAUAAGAUAUGCCCUAGAUGCGCGUCACCGUGAAAAUAUGAAAGACCGAAGAAAAGUAAGAUAUGUACUAGAUGCGCGUCACUGUGAAAAUGUGAAAGACCGAAAAAAAAUAAGAUAUGCAAAAGAUGCGCGUCAUCGUGAAAAUCAGAAAGACCGAAGCAAAAUAAGAUAUGCAAAAGAUGCGCGUCACCGUGAAAAUCAGAAAGACCGAAGCAAAAUAAGAUAUGCAAAAGAUGCGCGUCACCGUGAAAAUCAGAAAGACCGAAGCAAAAUAAGAUAUGCAAAAGAUUCGCGUCACAGAGAAAUAGUUAAAAGAGUUGUAAAAUCAAAGAGGCAAGAAAUUAAAGAUAAAGACAAAACACAGAAUAUUGAGUUUUUCACUGAGAGGUUUUUAAACAAAGUUGAACAUGGUCCUGAGUAUAUCUGUUGUGUGUGUUUCAGGCUGUUGUUUCCACAUCAGGUGUUGAGCUGUAGAAAGGAUGCUUAUAACAAGACUGCGGCCAUAGCUUCUUUGGCAGAUAGGUGUAUUAGAACUGAGUAUUUACAUAAAUGUAGGGAGGAUUGUGUUCAGCCGUGUCAGAUUAUGGCUUCAAGUAGAGGGCAUCUUUGGAUUUGUUACACUUGUCAUCAUAAAAUUUCACAUGAGCAAAUGCCUGCUGAAAGUGUAACAAAUCAUUUGGUAGUAGAUCCAGUUCCCCCAGAAUUGGCUUGUUUGAAUAGGUUAGAACAACAUUUGAUUGCUUUAAAUAUUCCGUUUAUGAAAAUGCUUGCAUUACCUAAAGGUGGCCAAAAUGGAGUUCAUGGACCAGUAACCUGCGUUCCAUCGAAUGUAGUUCAAACAUCUAAAAUGUUGCCCCGAUCAAAUAUGGAGGGGUCUUUAUUGGCAGUAAAAUUAAAACGUAAGUUAACUUAUAAAGGCCAUUAUCAGUAUGAGUUUGUGGAUACAAUGCAUAUUAGGCAAGCUUUACGGUUUUUAAAGCAAUCAAAUAAGUUUUAUAAAGACAUAGAUUUUAAUGAGGAAUGGGUUAAUGAGUUGUGUGUCUUAGAGCAACCUGAGGAUGAAGAGAAGGACAAUGCAGAAGUAGUUGAGAGUACUGGGGAUGAUGUUGAGGAUGAUGAGUUGCUGCAUGAUCGACAGCAACAUUGCAUGUUUUCAGAUACGUGUCUAAUGCCUGUAGAUAUUGGUCAGGAAGUUCUAGAUCAGUAUUUUGAUAGUAUAGUUAAUGUUGCACCAGCUGAGGGUAAUAAUCCAGUUAAGUUGUUGACAGAUCGAGAAAAUGAAGCAAGGUGUUUCCCAGUGUUGUUUCCUCGAGGUCGUAAUAUGUACCAUGAAAGCCGUGUCUAUAAUUUGUCGUUGUGCCGUUAUUUUAAUAACCGAAUUUUACAUGCGGAUAGAAGGUUUGCUCAGAAUGUAGAGUAUAUUUUCUUUGCUCAGUACAUGUCUGAGGUAGAGCAGGUUGUUUCCAAAGUAAGUAUAGCAUUAAGAAAAGGUAAAGGAGGUGAGGUGAGCGUAGAAAAGGAGGAGUCCUUGAAGCAGUUGUUGGAUGUAGAUGACGGUUUCAGAUUUCUUAAGCCGAUUAGAGGGACUCCAGCAUUUUGGCAGGGAGUACAGAAAGACCUGAUGGCUUGUGUUCGGCAACUUGGGAUUCCCACAUGGUUUUGUUCAUUCUCUUCCGCGGAUCUGAGAUGGCAAAACCUUCUUAAAACAAUUUUAAAACAGGAAGGUCGAACACAGACAUUCGAAGAGUUAGAGUGGACUGAUAGAUGCGAUCUGUUGCGUCGUAAUCCUGUCACUGCCGCCAGAAUGUUUGAUUUCCGCUGGCACUGUUUUCUGAAGGAGGUCCUUAUGUCUUCUUCAAAUCCCAUAGGAAAAAUUAUUGAUUACUUUUAUCGGGUGGAGUUUCAGUGUCGCGGGAGUCCUCAUGUGCACUGUCUUUUCUGGAUUGAAAAUGCGCCUAAAAUUAAUACUAACAAAGACGAAGAAGUGGUAGCUUUUAUUGAUAAGUAUGUAACAUGUGAGCUACCAGCACAGGAUGAGACCUUAUUGGAGAUGGUCACAUCUGUGCAGCAACAUUCAAAGAGGCAUUCAAAAAGUUGUAAGAAAGGUGGCACUGAGUGUCGCUUUAAUUUUCCCAGACCAGUGUCAGCUAGGACAUUUCUUGUUAAUGUUCAUUUGAAACCAGAUUGUGAUAAAUGUAAGAAUAGGUUCGAUGAAAAAUACGAAGGAAAACAGUGCACAUGUGGAAAUCAGUACUACUACAAUCUGCUAAAGGUUGAUAAGGAUUUGGCAGUACGCACUCUGGAGUCAGUGAAAAAGGCGUUAAAAGAUGAGAACAAGACGUUUAAUAGUUUAGAUGAGUUGUUUCAUAGUUUAAAUAUCAAUCAGCAAAUAUUUGAAAUAUGUUACAAACGUCUAAAUAUGAAUAAAACCCAAAUUGUAUAUAAAAGAGACAUUAACGAAGCAUGGAUUAAUCCAUAUAACAAGUCUCUAUUGAAAUGCUGGAAUGCAAAUUUAGAUAUUCAAUUUGUGACAGACGCGUACGCCGUUAUAGUUUAUAUUAUUUCAUACAUUAGCAAAUCAGAAAAAGAGGUAGGAUUGUUGCUUAGUAAAGCUCAUAAAGAAGCAACAAAAGAUGACAACGUCAGUGCAAAAGAGGCACUGAAACAAAUUGGCAGCGUUUAUCUAAACAGUCGCGACGUGUCUGCUCAAGAAGCAGUUUAUAGAUUAACGGGAAUGCAUUUGAAGGAGAAUUCGCGUAAAGUAGAGUUUAUACCAACAGGGGACAAAAUAGUUAAAAUGAGUAAACCAAUUAGUGUUAUCCAAGAAUGUGGGCUAACAGGAGAUGAUGUGUGGAUGGUUAGUAUAGUAGACCGUUAUAGAAGUAGGCCUAAUAAUAGCACUUUUAAUGACAUGUGCAUAGCAACGUUUGUGUCAGAAUAUCGUCUUUUAAACCGAAAUGAAAAAUCAAAGAAUGCGAUUCAAUUGCAAAGGGGAUUAGGAUUAAUUCUUAAAAGAACACGAACAAAACCCGCUGUAGUUCGUUAUGCGCGCUUUUCAAAAACAAAAAACCCCGAAUUAUAUUUUAAAAGCCAGUUACAGUUGUUUUUGCCAUACCGCGUAGAAGAUGACUUAAAAGCUGCUGAUUGCGAAACAUUUGAACAAUUUUAUGAAAAUGGUUCCGUGAUCUUUAGUGAUGGAUCAGAACACACGGUUAAAUCUGUCGUCGAUACGAAUAGGAACAAAUUUGAGGUAGAAGAUUCAGAAGAAUUAGAAGAGUUGCAAAAGAAACUUGAAAAUGAGGGUGGCCCUGAAGUUGCCUGGGGAAAUCUGUGCCCCGAAAAAGAAUUAGAGCGUUUAGAGUGUCAAGAAGAAAUUAGAGAAAAAGAACAGACACCUGCGGAAGAUGCAGAAGAAAUAGGUCGGCAACCCGUAGACAACAUUCCAGAUUUGGCUGUUAGGAAUGAUCAGGUGUGUCAAUUAGAAAAGAAUAAUAAUGUAAUUAGUAGGCGUGAGGGCUUAGAAUUAAUUAGAUCUCUAAAUGAGAAGCAGCUGUCAGUCUUCUAUAAGAUCCGUAACUGGUGUUUGGAUAAAGUCAAUGGUAGAAACCCAGAACCCCUCCAUGUGUUUAUAUCUGGAGGAGCUGGAGUUGGAAAGAGCUACCUAGUUAAAGCGAUUCAAUACGAGGCCACAAGGUUAUUGUCACCAAGUUGUCAGAAUCCAGAUAACAUUUGUGUUUUAUUAACGGCUCCGACCGGAAUAGCUGCUUAUAAUUUAAAGGCAGCGACUAUCCACAGUACAUUUGGCAUUGGCAAAGACGUGAGCCUACCUUACACACCUCUGAGUGAGGAAAAGCUCAAUUCUUUGCGUGUUAAAUAUAGUGAUUUGCAGAUAGUCAUAAUUGAUGAAAUCUCCAUGGUCAAUCAUAAUCUAUUGGCUUAUGUCCAUGGCAGGUUAAGACAAAUCAAACAAACUGGUGACUAUAACCCUUUCGGUAAUGUUAGCAUAAUCGCGGUCGGAGAUUUUUAUCAGUUGCCCCCAGUAAAGGGGAAAGCGUUGUAUGUACAAGACGUACAAAUGAACUUGUGGUCUAGUUUAUUUGAGCUUGUUGAGUUAAAAACAAUCGUUAGGCAAAAAGAUGAAGAGUUUGCGCGAAUAUUAAAUAGAAUGCGAACGCAUAGAAAAGGUACGCCAAUGUUAGCUGACGAUAUAAACGUCUUAAAACAGUGUGAAACAGGUGAAGAGAGCACAGCCUUACACAUCUUUGCUACAAAUUCCCAGGUUGAUGAAUAUAAUGAGGAACAGUUAAUGAGCACAUGUCCUGACCACAUAGUUAUAACUGCACAGGACUUUGGUUAUAAUAAAAAAACUGGUAAAUUAGAGUUAAAGCCAGAUCAUCAUAUUAGGGCCAAGAAAACAGCUUUACAAAGAGAGCUGUUAUUGGGUAAAAAUGCUCGAGUGAUGUUGUCUCAAAACAUCGAUGUAAAUGACGGUUUAGUAAAUGGUGUAUGUGGCACAGUGAUAUACAUAGAAGAGCCUGAAAAAAAUACGUUUCCUCUCAAAGUAUAUGUAAAAUUUGAUGAUGAUAAGGUAGGCAUAAAGACGAGGAAACAAACCAUUUAUCCAUCAGCAGAGUUAAAGGGUUCAGUACCAAUUGAACCUCAGGAAGAGAGAGCCAAUAAAAAAGGCAUGAGACGACAGUUUCCUUUAAAGUUAGCUUGGGCCUGUACUGUACACAAAGUACAGGGCCUUACAGUAGAUAGUGCUGUUGUCUCUUUAGCUAAGGUCUUUGCACCAGGACAGGCAUAUGUGGCAUUAAGUAGAGUUAGAAGCCUGUCUGGUUUAAUUAUUCAGGACUUUAAAGAGAAGGCUGUUUAUUGUAAUGCCAACAUUGAACAGGCGAUUGCUAAUAUGCCACCAUUUAUAACUGAAAGCCACACAGUAGUAAAAGAGGGUUUUAGAGUAUUUCUAAUGAAUGUUCAAAGUUUAAAUCGCCAUGUCUCAGAUUUGGCCCACUGUGCACAGCAUUUGCAGCCUAACUGUAUUGCUGUGACAGAGACAUGGAUACCUGCUGAUGUUAGCUUAGAUUCUGUAGAAAUCACUGGUUAUAGGUUUAGUAAUGCCCCACGUAGUUUAGCCUAUCAUAGCGAUAAUCCAGUGUUAAUUUCCCUUAAAGGCCAACAACAUGGUGGCGUUGGCAUGUACUGUGACAGUAAUGCAGAAUUUGAAAGUGUCACAGUUGCAGGUUUAAACAUUGAGUGUUUAGCUGUAAAAUGUGUCACAUACAACAUUUUAAUAGCAGCCAUUUACAGGCCACCAUCCUAUCCUGUGUCUCUCUUUUUCAGGCAUUUUGAGGAAUUGUUAAAUGUGUUAGAGUCACAAAGUGGAACCAUUGUUGUUUUGGGUGAUUUCAAUGAGGACAUUUUGAAGUCCUCAACAAUUUGUCAGAAAAUGACAGACAGAGGAUAUGAGCAACAUGUGUCGACAGCCACUACAGAGAAAGGCACCUUAAUUGAUCAUGUUUACGUCAAAAAUAGUAAUUAUAGAGUAGAAGCGCUAGUGGUGCCUACAUAUUUUAGUGAUCAUGAGGUUAUUAUAUGUUCUUUUAAGUAAGACAGCCCAAAUGCUUAAAACUUAAUUUUACAUUUUUUUAAAUAAAUUUAAUCAAAAUGUAUUAAAUGUGCUGUUCUUCAUCUGAGUUCCCUGUUUUGAAUAAUUAGUAUAUAGUCAGUAAAUUUUGUCCCCUGUUGAUAUCCUUUACACCAAUACUACGUUAGUCCAUGUCCAAAGGUAUUCUGUGCUUCCUGUCCAGAGAAGGUAGUGAAAAUGUGAAAAUAGUGAGUAGAUUUGUUAUUUGUUGUUGUAUUGAGAAGAAGUAGUUAAAGUGGCCAGAAAAGUUGUUAAAUUUACUGACCAAAUGGCAAAGUUAAUACAGGUUUUGUAGGUCAUGCCCUCAGUGUGGUUAAGUAGUUAUAUGUUGUGUUAGGAUUGUGCCUCUUGUUCUGUGGGGUUCAUUGAAUGAUAUAAUUUUAGUUGUAUGUAACUACUGUGUUUAAGGUUAAUUACAGGGAUAAUGAAGUGACACCAGCUAAGGUACGUAUAAGUAAAUUUAACUACUCACUAUCCUACACACACAGUUAGUUUAUUCACACACUCUUUCACACUUCAGAAAAUCUUUGUAAUUAAAAAGAAAUUAGUUUCAGGUUUUUUGUUUCUAUCUGGCUGGUUUAUAUGUAUUAUAGUUUGGGUCUGUUCUACUUUUUUGCAGUUUUUAGAUUUUAGCAUUUUUUUUUCACUUGACAGAAGCCAAUGAUGAACAGUUAAGCUGAGCUCUGUUGGACCAAAGUGCUGAUUGUGAUUGAGCCUAAGAAGAGCAUGAAAAAAGCUGUAACCUGAGGCUUCAUAAAUUAAUAUUCAAAAGUGGCAGUGUGUGUUUACUGUUAUUACAGAGGCACAGUAGCUGUGUCUGUGUUAGACCUUGACCAGCCUGCAGCAGUAGUAUUGCUUGUGUUAUAAUGAUCCAAACCUGUUUUUAUAAUGUAUUACUAGAUUUAGAAGAGAAUUGAUGUCUAGAAGAAUACAUUGUGGGAUGUGAUUGUGUGCGUGUGCAUGUGCAUGUAUGUAAAUACACAUAUGCAAACACUGAUACCUUUUUGUCCUUUCCCUAGGAGAUGGAUUUCGGCUAGUAGACGGACGUAGCAGUUGGCAACAAGUUGUUCACCCAGAUAGAUGAAAGAUAGUCUUUUGUAUUAUUUUUGCUAAUUUAUUUUUCUCUAUUUUCCCAUUACAUACUGUGUAUAUUGUAAUAAAAUAAACCGUAGAAUUGUGGCAACAAGAGGAGCCUCUGAGUUUAGCUAAUGGUGUAUAUAUCUAACAUUCUUACAGACGUCUUACAAACUUGUGUUCUAAUUUGUUGCAAUAUGAAUAAAUUACUUUGAAUCUA